UCUGCCUCGGAACAGCCAAUGCCAAGCCAUUUAUUGGAAAUUAACUGUCUUGGGACUAGCGCGGACAGAACACAAUUCCCAGAAACACGUGAUUGUGACCGUGUUCAAAUAGAGUUAGGACCGUGCAACCUCUGCACUUAGUCAGCAUACUCUCAAGGCUUGGCAGCGAAUUGAAGACCCAGCACCCCGUUUAUUUUAACAUCAAUAUAUUUGAUUCUAUCACGGUGCAGUUUUCAAGGAUAACUAUCAAUCCAGCCCGGGUUCACGCUUUUUAUUCCGGAGGGAUCUCGAAUUGCAUCAUGUCGAAACGAAUCUCAUUUCGAGUCCACGGCAAGGUCCAAGGAGUCUUCUUCCGCGAUUUCACCCAGCGGAAUGCAAAUAACUACGGCUUAACUGGAUGGGUAAAGAAUACCCGUGAUGGAAAGGUAGAGGGUGAGGCACAAGGAGAUGAGCCCGCGCUUUCGAACCUACUCAAAGACCUAAGCCGGGGCCCCGAAUUUGCACGUGUGGUCAAGCUGGAGCAUUCGGAGAUUGAUUUGAAGGAUGGAGAAGAGUCUUUUGUCGUGACUCGCGGUUAAAUAAUUUGAUGCUGUAAAAAUGGGGUUUUCUUUUUUCCCUUUUUAAACUUUACCCUGAGCUGCUUGACAAAUGAACUUUUUUUUUUUUUUUUAAGAUUACGAAGAAGGGCGAGGGUAGUCAACCAGGGAGGUGGAAUUAGGAACAAGCAGAGUUGCUUUCCAUUCUAGAAGAACUGUUAACUAGUAAAUAUGUACUUGGUCGCUGGAAUAAUCUGUCUUACCUGACUGAAUCAUGUCCUGUACGAGAGAUGGGGAGCUUUGCUUGAACGAACCGCUUGCCACCCUUCCAGACUCUACCCAUGUCUGCAUGGCAUGUCUGCAUGGCAUGCAUGCAUGCAUGCAUGCAGUGUAACGCGGCUUUUUGAGGCGUCUAUUUGCAUAACAGCAACAUUAAUCGACGUCAUCAUACAUAAGGGUAUAGCUAUGAGGUUAGAUAGAGCUUAUGGUAACCUUCUCUUUCUGUGAAACUAGGAUGAGGCUAUACUCGAGAGCAUAGCUCUUUCGAGCUCCUUCGAACACGUUAAAUGUGUUGUUUUUAAAAUAAAUCAGAUAAUUUACGUCCAACGGAUAUGACUCCUCGAAGCCGAUUUCAUUUAAAUACCGCCGCCAAGAUUCUUUUGGCCGAGGGCUUUAAUAAGGCGUUAUGAGCUAUUCUGUAGUUAUAUUAAUGGCGAUGACGAUAAUGCAGGUGAUUCCACAUAACAUACGCUGUAGUACUAGUUGGUGCUAGUUGGUGGCUCAAGAUCUAACUAAU